AUGGGUCACAGCCUGCCAAGCUUCCCUCAGCGGCUCUGUGGCCUUUGGCAUAUGUACCAAAGGUGCACCAGGACAGAUAGCACGAAAAUAGGACAGGAAGAUGGAAAUUGGAUGAAAGAGGAUCGCUUGUAUAUUCACCCCCAGCAGCAGGUCUGGUUUAGCUUUCAACUCACCCCCGAAUUCUGCAGCGCCAGAAGUGCCCAUGUAGUGGCACAUCACGUGCACACCAACCUUGGCACUCAGCACCUGAAGUGUGUCCAGACAUCCGCCUGCCUGCCCCGCACAGCUGAUCAGGACCAGGCUUCCAGGCGAGGAGCCAGGUGCCCCAAGACCAGCCCUGCGCUGCGAGGCGACCAGAGAUGCAGGAACCCUUCCCUCAGGUCACCCGAGCAGGUGGCUGAGUUUAAGCGCUGUAGCCGCCUUUCGGCGCUGCCUUCGGUUCGCAGGCAGGCUGCACGGCAGCAGUCAGGGCUGAGCAACGCGAAGAAGUCCCACUCCUUCUUCAUCUCGGCCGAGACUACAACCCAGCCGCCGGCAUCAGCAGGCGGGUCCCGGAGUGUCCCGCCGCCCCGCUGGCAGGCAGGCAGGCCCUGGGGCGCGGCGGCCCGAGCGCGCUGGGGCGGGGCGCGGCCCCGGGCGGUGCCGCCCUUGCCGCCUCAGGAGCGGCUGUGGGGCCGUACGGGGUGUGUGUGUGUGUGUGUGUGUGUGUGUGUGUGUGGCUGUGAGUUUGAGCAGCGGGCAGCCAUGCGACGCUGGAGGCUCCUUCUCUUGCCGGCGCUCCUCGCCGGCCUGGUCUCCGUCAGAGGCCAAGAUGACUUCUUAGGAGAUGCACUUUUGGAAGAAAAUACAAAGAAGCCUCCUGUAACUCAGAAGACACCAUCAUCAGAUGCAGAUGACUUUGACUUGUCUGAUGCUCUUGAUUUUGGCGAUUCCAAGCCACAUCCCCCUGCAAAUCCUAGAGACACUGAUAACCCCAAGCAAGAUCAACCUAAAGGCUCUGACAAAUUUGAUGAUUCAGAUCUAUGGGAUGGCAGUUCCCCAAGAGGAGGAAGUGAUGGCAGUGGCAGCAAUGAACGGAAGGGCCCAACUCCAAAAACUGGCCAAGAUGAGGAGGCUUCUCAGGGAGCAAUAGCUGGAAUUAUAAGUGCUGUAGGUGCUACAGUAGUUGCAUCGGUAGCUAGUUUCAUUGCUUACCAGAAGAAGAAACUCUGUUUCAAGCAAAGCGAUGAAGAGAAUGUGAAUAUGGAUAGCUACAGAGGAGCACAAUCUGAGCCACCUGUUCAGCGCACACUUCUGGAGAACUAAAAGAAAGAGUGGUGAAGAACAGAUCUUUGGAACUGGAUAAGCAACCUGCAUUCUGCCAAUAAAAAAAAAAAAGGAAACAAAAAAAGCAUAACAAACAGCAGAGCCUGAAGUUUCAUGAGAAAACAGCUCUUGUUUGAAACACCUCUGAGACUGUGACUUAGACCUGAGUACUUCUGUAUGGUUAGCCCUGUGAAGCAUUGUUGCACACCAACACAUGGCCUUAAUGACAGGAGUGUAGAUGUAUGUUGUGCCUUUACAUUCUUUCCUUGACUCCUCUGACAUAUAGGUGUGUCUCAAGUGCAUUCAGUGUGUUUAACUUUUCCUUACCUCUCCAAAACCAAUAUGCAAUUAUGGUUUUUGUUAUGUUAAUGCUCUCAGGCAAUACAAAUAUUUUUUAAAAUAACCUGGACUCAGUGAGUGGACCAACCAACCAACUUGGUGUAUGUUGUGGGCAUGAAAGCAAAUGGCUCACUGUGUAUGGAUGGUGGAUCUGGGUAUGGGUGCUGCUGAUCCAAUCUAUGUAGCUGCCUGGGCCAGCUGCCAUGGAAGAGAUGCUUGUGCUUGAGCAUUCAGGAGACAAAAAUUCUGGUUUAUUUUUAGAUUUUUUUUCAUUUUAUCUGUCUGGUACAGAUUGAGAAAACCCAAAGUUAAUGCACACCUUAAGCCUUCAUCCUUUCUGGCUCUUCCUGCUUAGCAAGUACUGAGCUGGUCAGUUGUGGAAAAGCUUGUCUUGCAGAUCAGAAACAUAAUUGGACUUUGUAUUUCUGGUGACAUGGAUGUUUGGCAUCACCUAAACAGUUGUGGAUGAAGUACUUGGGAAUGGGGAUUAACAUCUUCAGACUUCCAUAGCCAAAAGCUUAAGUGAAAAUAGUGUUGAAUUCAGAAGGCUUAUCAUACAUGUGUAAGGGACAGAAAUAGUACCACAUUUCCAAACUGCAAACAGCAAGACUGACCAGAGCAAGGCAUCCACUGAACAGUAGAAAUAGCAGACAUGUGAGAAGUGCUUUUGGACUUGUAAAGGUUUCCCCCUAGGGUGAUCACCUGAGGUUGCAUCCUCCUCUGAAAGCACUUGUGACCUGUGCUGUGGCUCUUGAAAGCUACAGGAAGGUUUCAAGGACCCAUGGAAACAUGGAAAACUACAACUCAUAAGAGCUAAAGGACUAAAUCUGGAAUAAUAACUAGUUCUGUCAGGAAGGAAUGGUCUGACCAGUUUUGUUGGUUUUCAUUCUAGUUGCUUUAAAUUUUCAUGCAGUUUACCAUAUGUGUCUUAUUAAUGGGCUUCAGCCACCUGACAAAGGUCUACAGGAAGAUGACAUUUCAUGGAACAUCUUAGAAUUUAGAAAUUAAUAAAUUUGGAUAUUAAACCUGUAAAUAUGUCUGUACAUUCAAAUAUGAAUUUAUGCCAAGGAUAAUUCAUUUCAGAAUUUCUUGUACAUGUUUCUUAGCUUGCAACAAAGCUUUACAUAAAUUUUAGUAUUUUCUUAUGGAAUUAAUUUGUAAGUCUCUUUUUGCCCCAUGUCUGCUUUUAGUAGAAAAGCACUAAAGCCUUUAAGUGUGUUUGAGAGUGCAAAAGUGAUUCUUACAUAAACAUUUGAUUUAUGUAAAUAUAAAGAAAAAAAUGUACUGCUUGCCUACAUGAAUAAACAUAUAUCUAUGCCAAGUGUAGAGUAAAUAAAAAUAACUCAUUGUUUGUUAGGGAUAAAAUGGCAGGAGGAGCUCGAACUAGCUUUUAAGACUCUUGAAUCCUUUUCCAGCUUUUGUGAGCCUAAAAAAUACUUAUUGAGACCCAUCAGCAUUAUGAUUUUUCUAAAAAUAAAUUUUAAAAAAAGG